AUGGCCCUCACUGCUCAACCUGCCGCCCACCCCAACUGGGGUCGCUGGCCGCAGAAUAUCCCCAGCGACUUCAGCAUGAUGGACGGCCACGGCUUCUUGCCCUACGACUCUCGCGGCCCUGCUCCGCAGAUGCAACAGCCUCAACGCCAGAUGGCACCCCAAUAUGUUGUUGGACCGGCUUACAACUCGCAACCUGCGCCGCCCACCUUCACUACCCCUCAAUAUCAGGGUUCUACUACUUUUCAAUACGUGCCUUACCACAGCCCGUCGCCCACUUCGCCCGUUGGCUCGCCCUUUCGCAAUGACUACCAGGAGCGCCAGCUGCCCCAGGUUGAUCAGAGCCGCAUGAUCUUCCAGCGCGACUCUAGGCCUCUCCAUGAAAUGCAGGCUCCUUCUCCUUCUGCUCGCAGCCAGUCUCGAGGCUCUAUCAGCCGCUCCUCUGUUUCUUCGCACCCUACCGCUAACGCCAAAACGAUUACAUACAACGAGACCAUCAACCCCGUUGAUAGGGUCAACUUCGACACCGAUGUCGACGAGCUUAUGAAAGCUAUUCAGCGAAAGAAGUCCGAGGCCAACAUUGAGGCCUCCCAGGGCCCUACACCCGCUCAUACUCCACGUGCUGACCACACCGAACCAACGACCCCCUCCAGCGCCGCUACUCCUGCUGAGAGCAAACCCAAGAAGAAGUGGGUUUGCGAUGGUCCCAACUGCAACAAGAGCUUUGUUCAAAAGACUCACUUGGACAUUCACCGCCGCACGCAUACUGGUGCCAAGCCUUAUGUGUGCACUAAGGACAACUGCGGUCUCACCUUCUCUCAGCGCGGCAACCUCAAGACACACAUGCGCCGCCACACUGGCGAGAAGCCCUUCUCUUGCCGCAUUUGCGGAAAGACCUUUGCUCAGCGCGGCAAUGUCCGCUCCCAUGAGGAGACUCACAAGGGCAUGAAGCCAUAUGUCUGCAAGCUCGACGACUGCAAUAAGACAUUCUCCCAGCUGGGCAACAUGAAGACUCAUCAGAACAACUUCCACAAGGAGAGCAUCAAGACACUCACAGCUAUGUUUGUCAGGUUUGCUGCUGAUGGUGAUAUUCCCGAGGAGCAUUUGGAGCUCUUCGAGUACUUCAAUGAGCACUACAAGAACAGCAACAAGGGUGUCAAGGGCCGCGGCAAGGCGCGCACCGUUGCAGCCCGCAAGCCCAAGGGUCAGCCCCGAUCUCAGAGUCUAUCUGGUCCUGUGCCCCAGCAGCCUCUACCCCAAAUUCCCCGACACCACAGCAUGUCUGCCUAUGAUCUUUCCAGCCAGACCGCCGCUCCUGGAAUUGCCAGCAUCCCAAGGACACAUAAUCCCGAGUACACCAUGUUUGACCAGCCCGAGGUCCUCUACGAGGAGGACCACAGUCACCACAUGAGCUUUACCGACCGCCUGUACUAA